GAGUACUUGGCGCACAGCUGAAUAGAUGGGCAGCACCGGCAAUGGUGUCGUAGACGUGGAGCGGUUGGGCCAGCAGCAGGGGCAGGGCGGCGAUAGCCUCCCGCAGAAUGAUGGCGGCGGCGGCGGUGGACAGCACAAACCCACCUUCGACGCGAAUGAGGUGAGCACGCUGCUGGUGGUGGCGACGCUGAUCACGGCGCUGUCGUACCAGCUGGGGACCAACAUCCCGGGCGGGUACUGGCAGGAUGACAACGGGCACGUCGCAGGCGACCCGAUCAUGCGGGACAAGCACCGGCGGCGGUACUGGCUGUUCAUGUUGGGGAGCUGGGCGGCGUUCGGCACCUCCAUGCUCCUCACCUUGGGGCUCCUCACGGGGGUGCCCGCCAAGUCGCGCCUCGUCCGGUACGCGUUCCUGGUGGCCUACUCCAGCCUCGUGCUCACGUUCGUGACGUCGCAGCCGCGCACCUCGCUCGCCAUGGACCUCGCCAUCUGGGGCGCCGUCAUGGCCGUGCUGACCGUCUUCACCAAGUACCUUCGCGUCGACACGCUCCCCAGCUGGGUGCGCUCAUUGUGCCCUCCUCCAGCCUCGUGCUGCUGCUCAUGUUCCUGACUUCGCAGCUGCGCGUGUCGCUCGCCAUGGCCGUGCUCGCCGUCGUCACCGCGUCCGUGCGCGGCGACAGGCUCCCUCAGCUGGGCGGGCCGCUAGCUUUAUCAUCAUUUCGCUAGUUAUUGAUCCAUAAGCUAGUGGUAACAGUGUGAUUUAAGUUUGUUUUGUUUUUCUUCUUUUUUCCUUUAUGAGUACUAGUUGUUGUUGUUCUGUGCUGCUGGGCGCUCAUUAACCAAUGAGUCUGUGAACUCUGUCGUAAUUUGCUAUUCAGUA